AGAAGUUAUCCACCGGGUAGCGAGGAUCGUAUAAAACUUCAAGCCGCUUUAAAGGAACUUCGAGAUAUAGCGCCGGCCGAAAUUCCUGUCUACACUGGAAAACUAAAAGAUCAAAGGAUUCCGUCGGAUCACAAUUCUUUACUAGCGAAAUAUCAUGAAGCCGAUCCAUCCAUUAUCGAAGAGGCUAUUGAAGGUGCCUUGGCUAUUAAACCUAUUUGGGAAGCUUAUCCGCUGGCCGAUAGAUCAGCUAUCUUUUUGAAAGCAGCUGAUUUGGCAGCUGGUAAAUACCGUUAUAAAUUAUUGGCCGCCACAAUGCUUGGACAAGGAAAGAACGCAUGGCAAGCUGAAAUAGAUGCAGCAGCCGAGACAAUAGACUUUUGGAGGUUCAAUGUGAAAUAUGCUCACGAAAUGUAUCAACAACAACCAACUAAAAACUCCCCUGCUAUUGGUGGUAAUCUUCCAAGUGCGCCCGCGCUACUGGGGAAUGUCGUUCUUCAUAAACCUUCAGAUGGCGCUAUCCUCUCCAAUUGGAUUAUCAUGGAAAUAUUAAGGGAGGCUGGGUUACCUGACGGCGUAAUACAAUUCAUUCCUGGUCCUGCACAACAGAUCACCGAAGAAAUAUUAAAGUCUCCAGAUUUCACUUCGCUGCAUUUUACGGGUUCCACGGAGGUGUUCAGAAAACUGUGGAAAGAUAUAGGAAAUAAUAUUGGUAAUUACAGGUCGUAUCCGAGAAUAGUUGGAGAAACAGGAGGAAAGAAUUUUCAUGUUAUUCACGAAUCGGCUAAUUUGUCAAACGCUGUGAAUCAAACUGUUCGCGGAGCAUUUGAAUAUCAAGGACAAAAAUGCUCUGCUUGUUCACGUGCAUACGUUCCAGAUUCGUUAUGGGAAAAUUUCCGCAGCGAAUUGCUUAAGAAGCACGCUACAAUUAAUGUUGGCCCAGUGGAUGGACAGUUGAACCUCUAUAAAAUCGAUUGUUUUUCGUUCAGAUACAAGGCGGAUGAAUAUGAACAGAUUUUGGAUUUAGUAGAUAAAACGACUAGUUAUGCACUGACAGGAUCCGUGUAA